AUGAAACUAUGCUGCAAUAACCCGACUGCACUUCAUAAACUUCGUUCAACAUGGGGGACAUUUAUCAAAUUCAGGUUGUUGGUUUUAGGGGAGAAAAGAAAACCGUCGACGUUGCAACCUCUGAAGAUGAUUUCAACAAAACAACUAUUUCGGCUUUCAAAGAAAAGCUCAUGGGGAAGUUUCCGGAGCUUAAAGGUGCGGAAUUCAGAAUGAUGUUCACUGAUGUCCAGCUUCAGGACUCCGACACUUUCUCCAUGCGCAAGAUCCAGAAUAAAUCCACAAUCUUCCUGAUCGUCCGCAUGCCGGGAGGAGCCCCACACACACACACACACAAUGCGGGGUGAAGAGAGGAGAGUCCGGAACAGCUGCACUGAACACCCGGACUGAACAUGCGGAGACUUUUAAUCAUAUAUCUGCUGUCUUUUACGUUAGCAUAGAAAACAAUGUAAAAAUAAUGUUAAAGAACUAAAGUAGUCUUACACGUUUCCCUUUUGUCCUGUUCUCGUAAUGUCUUAUAAAAUUGCGAUCAAAUUCUUACAUUCUGUUGUUACUUUAACAGUAUAUGUAAUAUAUUACAGCUAUUAUAUUAUAUCACAGUGCACUUAGCCCGGAUAAAUCAGUUGAAUAAUAAAUAAUAAAUAAAUAA